AUGUUGGAAUGUUCAGUUGACGAGAGGCACUGUUACUACUCAAUAUUACAAGAGCAGCAGUCGUUUAAAAAACAAGGAAUCUUCACACCAACCUUUGCAGAAUUCACCACAAACAACAUAGAACAUAAUCUACAAAUUAUGGAAGAUAGAGGGGUGACAUUCCCCGUUAUAUGUAAGCCUACUAUUGCACACGGGUCCAAGUCGGCACACGAAAUGAUUGUGGUAUUCAAUGAGAAAGGGUUGAGCGUGUGUAAAUCGCCGUGUGUCGUGCAAAGUUUUGUCAAUCAUAAUGCUGUACUUCACAAAGUUUUCUUGGUCGGAAACAGGUAUCACAUCUGCGAGAGACCUAGUCUUAAAAACUUCUACUCAUCAGACGACUUAGAGCCAAUAUUCUACAGCACUGGCGAAGUAUGUAAAGCGGACAGCCAAUCAACGCUCUCCAUUCUAGAUCCUCAUGACAAAUCUGACGUUCAAAUGAAACUUGACGAAGUUAAAGUGAGACAUAUUAUUAGAGUGUUACGAAAGGAAAUCGGUCUGUUACUAAUGGGUUUCGACGUAGUACUAGAUAAUGAAACUGGUAAUCAUGCCGUUAUCGAUAUAAACGUAUUUCCAAGUUACGAUAAUUUCCCUAAUUUCUUUGAACAUUUUUUAGAUUGCUUAGAUGCAACGGUAAAUGGAGUAGAUAUAAGUAAAGUAAGUAAUGGUGAUAGUAAAGAGGAAUUUGAAGAAAUGAGUAAUUGUAACGGCUUAAUUAAUGUAGGUACCCAGCCGCAUAUUGGAGUAACUGGGAUGUAUAUUCAUUCAUAGUUUUGCUCUGUUAAUGCAAUUGUUUCUCGAAUAGUAUUUUUUUCAUGUACAAAGAUUCAAGCAAAUGUAAGCAAAAUAACCUCGAUACGUACUAUUUUUAUGCAUAUUUUUUAAUAAUAAUUUAUAUUGACAAUCUCGUUGAUCCAGCGAGUAGCACUGUGCCAAGAUGACGAGUUCCCGGGUGCGAUUCCCGGUAAGACAAAUAUGAGAAUUUUUUUGGUCGCUCUGGCUCUAGCACUGAUUAUUCCUUCGUUUUGAGGCCACUUUAUGUUCUUGUUCGGCACAUAAAGUUACCUUUUAUGUUUAUUUAUAUAAACGAAUAUCACUUUAAGUUUUAAAAAGAAAAAAAAAGAUAUCAAAGUGACGGAACGAGCAAGUUGUGGACCUAGUGGUAAG